GGUUUGACCGUAAACGUCGCCAGCAGCUCCAGGUCAGCUGAUAGUUUGGAGGAGGAGGAGGACCGUGAAGUUAGCGGGUUUGUGAACCAGGAAUUCCUUGACUUCAUUAGCUACUUAACUCUAAACCAAAAAAGGGAGGCCGUUAUCGGCGUGAGAGAACUCGGGUGGGAGUGUUCAUCAUGGCCAGUGAGGACUGAGGGACAGCCACGAUGAUCGGAGGACUGUUCAUCUACAACCACAAGGGAGAGGUGCUGAUCUCCCGCGUCUACCGCAAUGACAUAGGACGUAACGCGGUGGAUGCGUUCCGCGUGAACGUGAUCCACGCCCGGCAGCAGGUGCGCUCCCCGGUCUCCAACAUCGCCCGCACCUCCUUCUUCCACGUGAAGCGCUCCAACAUCUGGCUGGCCGCCGUCACCAAGCAGAACGUCAACGCUGCCAUGGUGUUCGAGUUCCUCUACAAGAUGUGUGAUGUCAUGGCUGCCUACUUUGGGAAGAUCAGCGAGGAGAACAUCAAAAACAACUUUGUCCUCAUCUACGAACUGCUGGACGAGAUCCUGGACUUUGGUUAUCCCCAGAACUCAGAGACAGGAGCUCUAAAAACCUUCAUAACCCAACAAGGCAUCAAGGGCCAGCACCAGACCAAGGAGGAGCAGUCCCAGAUCACCAGCCAGGUGACUGGGCAGAUCGGCUGGAGGCGAGAGGGCAUCAAGUACCGCCGCAACGAGCUCUUCCUGGAUGUGCUGGAGAGCGUCAACCUGCUGAUGUCUCCCCAGGGUCAGGUGCUGAGUGCCCACGUGUCGGGGCGUGUGGUGAUGAAGAGCUACCUGAGCGGGAUGCCAGAGUGCAAGUUCGGCAUGAACGACAAGAUCGUCAUCGACAAGCAGGGCAAGGGCGGGGUCACCGACGAGGCUGGGAAGAGUGAGUUAGGGGGAAGCAGUGGGAAGCAGGCCAUAGCCAUCGAUGACUGCACCUUCCACCAGUGUGUGCGACUCAGCAGGUUUGACUCUGAACGCAGCAUCAGCUUCAUCCCUCCUGACGGAGACUACGAGCUCAUGAGGUACCGCACCACCAAGGACAUCAUCCUGCCGUUCCGUGUGAUUCCUCUGGUCCGGGAGGUGGGCCGCAGCAAGCUGGAGGUCAAGGUCGUCAUCAAGUCCAACUUCAAACCCUCGCUGCUGGCCCAGAAGAUAGAGGUACGUAUCCCCACCCCCCUCACCACCAGUGGCGUCCAGGUGAUCUGCAUGAAGGGCAAGGCCAAGUACAAAGCCAGCGAGAACGCCAUCGUCUGGAAGAUCAAGCGCAUGGCAGGGAUGAAGGAGUCUCAGAUCAGUGCUGAGAUCGAGCUGCUGCCCACCAACGACAAGAAGAAAUGGGCACGGCCCCCCAUCUCCAUGAACUUUGAGGUGCCGUUCGCCCCCUCGGGUCUGAAGGUGCGCUACCUGAAGGUGUUUGAGUCCAAGCUCAACUACAGCGAUCACGACGUCAUCAAGUGGGUCCGCUACAUCGGCCGCAGCGGGAUCUACGAGACGCGCUGCUAGCCCCGCCCACCUGCAAGCCCCGCCCACCUGCAAGCCCCGCCCACUACCAACUGGCCCAGCCCACUGUCUGCAAAACGUUGCUAGCUUGUGACCACCCUCUCUCGUCCCACACCCCUUCUCCUCCCCCUUCCUCUCUCCUCCUCCCCCUCUCUUCCUCCCUCUCCUCCUCCUCCCUCUCCUCCUUCCCCUCUCUUCCUCCCUCUCCUCCUCCCUCUCUCCUCCUCCCCCUCUCUUCCUCCCUCUCCUCCUUCCCUCUCCUCCUCCUCUCCCUCUCUCCUCCUCCUCCCUCUCUCCUCCUCCUCCCUCUCUCCUCCUCCCUCUCUUCCUCCCUCUCCUCCUCCUAAAUGUUUAAGGGAGAGGGAUUAACAUUUAAAAGGCAGAACACAGAUAUAUGCAGGAUGUGAAAUGUUGUGUCAGUGACUUCAGACGUCUGUUGUGAACACAGGGGUGUGUGUGUGUGUGUGUAGGUUGGGGGGUCCUGGGUGUAUAGGGGGGCCAGUACCCCCCCCCCCCCCCCUCUAGUAUUUCUGAGCUCCUCUCCACCCUGUAGUUCUACAUAGCCUACAAGUUCCAUUAUCCUCUCUGGUCUGGUUGCUCACUUCCUGCCUCUGAGCUUCUCUGUGUGUGAGGAUCAUUGAAUGGCUGCCCUGUGUGAGUGGGUGGAACAGACUUGGGCAGUGACUCUGCCCCCUGGUGGUCACAUGGUGUUGUGUCUGAUGUGUCAUGGUGACUGUACUGUCCAAUAAAAUGUGAUCAUGUACCCAAGUCUU